AUGGACGUCUGUACUAGCUCCAGUACUGCAUCCUCUGCUGCGCCCACAACUAAUACUACAAGUACUAGCUCCAGUACUGCGUCCUCUGCUGCGCCCACACGCCCCCCUCCUGUGGAGUGUCUAAACGGUGGGCUGCUAUUGGACGGCGUUUGCCUCUGUGCUGACGGCUGGAGCGGAGACACGUGCUCUGAAGAAAAUUUCUGCAAAGCCAAGAAGCUAAAUGACUUCAAUUUUCCUCGCACACCUGUCGGCUGGUUCUCGUACUCUGAGGAACUCUGUCUGGAAGGAUCCGGUGCCGGUAAACCUAGGGCUACCACCAGAUGUUCCAACAACGGAUCACUGGGUUUCCAACCUCCUCAGUUUCUCCAGUGUAGCCUGACGCUCAGCGACAUUCUGCAAAAUAUCACCACUGUGGAAGAUUAUGAGAUGUUGGCGACCAGCGCUCAAAUUCUGACGUCCAAACCUGAAGAGCUGACGGCUGAAAACGUGACGACAGCCGCUGAGAUCACCAACGUGCUGCUGCUGUCCCCAAACAUCACAGAGAGUGCCAGGACAGCAGCAGUAGCCACAGUCAGUCAGCUGCUCAACGCCAGCGUCCUGGACGACACCGAGGAAAACAACGCCACUCUGAUCCUGACACAAACUCUGGAUGAGCUGUCUCUGAACCUCAGAUCUGACCCCAACACGUUCGAGUCUCAGGUGGUUCAACCCAACCUGGUGGUGCAGUCGGCUCAAGUGAGUGCUGCCGACUCUCAGGGAGUCCAGUUCACGUCGCUCACAGGAACAUCUGGCAGUUUUGUAUCUGACCGGAUUCAGCUGAACACCAACACGUCGACUGUUGUGGUGGAAAACGGGUUCGUAGCCGACGCCCUGAUCCACGUACAGUUCGCACCAGCUGCAGACAGAACUCCGGCGCAGUCCCGCGUGUCCCUGGGUUUCGUCCUCUACCAGAACAGCCGGUUCUUCAGAUCGUCGCUCUACAAGCCGCGUCACGCUACCGUCCGGGUUCUGUCGGCCAGCGUCCGAGGGCAGAAGCACAGAGUGGUGCCGCAGCGUGUGGAGAUGAUGUUCAGACCAACGUUGACGAGCGGGACGGCUCUGUACGACUUCGCCUGCGUCUCCUGGAACUACACCCUGAACGACUGGAGCACCGCCGGCUGCUCCAAAGGAAACGCUUCAGAUGGAGCCAUGCGAUGCAUCUGUAACCACACCACCAACUUCGCCACCCUCGAAGUGAUCAUAGACAUUUUCAAGUACGCUGAGGAUCUGGGAUUGACUUCAAUCAUUGGACUUUCAGUUUCAAUCCUGGGUUUGGUUUUGCUGAUCAUUUCUCUCAUUAAAAACAAAGUCUCUUCUGAGAGCGAGGACGACGAGUCUCCUGAGAGCCUCAGCGCCCUGCUGAGCCUCUGUGCCGGCCUGCUCUGCUUCAUCAUCACCUUCGUCACCGGAGCCGUUCAGUCCGACAAAGCGGACGACGAGCUGCCGGCCCAAACAGAGACCAACGUCAUUCCACCCACCGACAAACACGUGGAGCAGGAACGCAUCACUUGUACCACGGUGGCGUUUCUGCUUCACUUCUCCCUGCUGGCGACCUUCAUGUGGAUCAGCUUGUUCGGUCACCUGAUGAUGAAGCUGACGUUUGACAGCAAACCGCCUGACUACUGGCGUUACCUCAGCUUGGCUCUCGGAUGGGGACUCCCUCUCGUGGUCGGGGGGAUCACAAUGGGCAUCACCUAUACCUCGGCCAAUCCUCAGGGUUACAGACAAGAGGAAUUUUGUUGGCUCGCAGCUCUGGACAAGAACAAACACUUUGACUUUGGGAAACCGAUGUUCUGGGGUAUCAUACUUCCAGGAACUUUGAUCGUCAUCUACAAUUUUGUCAUUUUGAUUCUCAUCUCUCUGGAGAAUGGCAGGGAACUUCCCGGCCUGUCCAGCUCCAGUUUUCCUCUGGCAGCGCUGGUGGGUUUGUGUUGUUCUUUUGGAUACAUCGUCCUCAACAGCACAGGACGCAACCACACGGUCUUCAGUGUUUUACUCUGCAUCAGUGGGAUCACAAUGGGUGUUCUGUUUUUCAUCCUCUUCAUGGCCACGAUGCCGUCCUUCAGAAAAUCCAUCUCGAAAUCCGUCUCGGGCUUGGUCGUCUGGCUCUCCUCAAUCGAGAUGCCGCAUAUCAACAUCCGGAAGAUCCUCUGCUGCUCAAAGACAUAA